AAAACUUACCUUUUAAAAAAAGGUAAAUAAAAGCGCCAAGUAUAAGUUCCAAGUAGAUAGCAUAGAUUUGACACGAGCGAUUAUCCAGCAGAUAACGCGUACGAUAUUCCACAUGCUAAUAAAAAAGUGCCAGGUUUAAUGAAGGAUGAGAAUAAUGGUGCGAUAAUGACGGAAUUCGUCGGGCUCAGAGCGAAGAUGUACGUGUUGAGGGUAGACGGUAAGAAAGAUACAAAGAAGGCUAAAGGCGUAAAGAGUAACGUGGUAGCGCGAUCGAUAACGUUCGACGAUUACACGCGGUGUCUCAAUGAUGAGAUAGAAAUGACUCGCCAACAGACUUGUAUAAGAUCGAAGCUGCAUGAGGUGUACACUGUAGCCGAAACGAAAAUCGCUCUGAGUCCGUAUGAUGACAAGCGAUACGUUGUGCCCGAUUAUACAGAAACGCUGCCAUGGGGACAUUAUAAAAUACCAUUGUAAAUAUUUUAUA